UUGGCCACAUCUCUGUUGGGCAUCCAACAGUGAUUCUGCAAAGGAGCCUACAGUCGGAGCUGACCACCCAAGGCAGUCCUAGGUGUGUCCACAGCUACACCAUGAAUGCCCCCUGGGGGUGUCUGGUGGCCUGUAUGCUGGCCAUGUCCCUGGGCUCCUCAAUGACAGAGGAAGUAUGUCGAGCACCCAACGGGAAGGAUGGGGUUGCAGGAAAACCUGGACGACUGGGGAGGCCGGGCCUCAAGGGAGAGCAAGGCGAGCCAGGAGCUCCUGGCAUCCGGACAGGCAUUCAAGGCCUUAAGGGAGAUGAGGGGGAACCUGGCCCCCCUGGACACCCUGGCAACGUGGGCUUCCCAGGGCCUAGCGGCCCCCUGGGGGACCCGGGCAUGCAAGGACUGAAAGGUGUGAAGGGUAACCCCGGCAACAUCAAGGACCAGCCCCGGCCGGCCUUCUCAGCCAUCCGGCGGAACCCACCGAUGGGUGGCAACGUGGUCAUCUUUGACACGGUCAUCACCAAUCAGGAAGGCCCAUACCAGAACCACUCAGGCCGCUUCAUCUGCACUGUGCCUGGCUACUACUACUUCACCUUCCAGGUGGUCUCCAAGUGGGACAUCUGUCUGUCCAUCCUGUCCUCAUCCAGGGGCCAGACCCAGCACUCUGUGGGCUUUUGUGACAAUAACAGCAAGGGGCUCUUCCAGGUGGUGUCAGGGGGUACAGUGCUCCAGCUGCGACACGGAGACCAGGUGUGGAUAGAGAAGGACCCCACGAAAGGCCGCAUUUACCAGGGCCCCGAGGCCGACAGUAUCUUCAGUGGUUUCCUCAUCUUCCCCUCAGCCUAAGCUGGGGCGUCAUCUCCAAGCUCCAAGUCCUCCACUCCCUGUGGUGGGGUCCCAGACUCCUCUCCUCUGCUCCCCUCUGUGAAGUGGGGGUGCUGUGGCCUUAGCUGCCUGUGGGAGGGACUUGUGCCCCAUGGACUGGUUCCCCCUCUGCAUGCUGCCUGGUCAUUCCAUUGAGAGAUUUCUGGAAUAAAUGUCUCAGUUUGUGUCCACA